UGUUCUAACCGCAAGCUUUCACCUUAUGGAUCAUCAGCGCACAUGGAACCAGAGAUAGCAUUUUCUGGAAUACUAAGCAAUCACUCUGAAGAAAAUCCCGAGUUUUUCAACUGGAAUAGAGUAGAGCUCCGGUAUUGUGACGGUGCUUCAUUUUCUGGGGACGGCGAAAAUCAGGCAGCAAAACUGAAAUUUAGAGGACAGCGUAUAUGGUUAGCUGCAAUGGACGAUUUGAUGUCAAAGGGAAUGCGCGACGCGAAUCAUGCUCUUCUUUCUGGUUGCUCUGCCGGCGGUCUGUCAUCAAUUUUGCACUGUGAUGAAUUUCGGGGCUUGUUUCCCACAACUACAAAAGUGAAGUGCCUGAGUGAUGCUGGAUUUUUUCUUGACGCGGUUGAUAUUUCUGGUGAACGCACAAUGAGGGAUUUUUAUAGUGGUGUAGUAAGCUUGCAGGGGGUGCAAGAAAAUCUGCCGCGAUUCUGUACUAGUCACCUCGAUCCUACUUCGUGCUUCUUCCCCGAGAACUUAAUUGUGAACAUUACAACCCCGCUAUUUAUACUCAAUUCUGCAUAUGAUUCAUGGCAGAUCAAUAACAGUUUAGCUCCACCAUCAGCAGAUCCGCACGGUGAGUGGAAGAGUUGCAGAUAUAACCUUGCAAGUUGUUCCGCAUCACAGAUGCAAAUUCUUCAAGGAUUCAGGAAUCAAAUGCUGAAUGCAGUAAAACAAUUCUCAAUGCCUAAUCAAAAUGGGAUGUUCAUAAAUUCGUGUUUGGUGCACUGUCAAACGGAGAAAAGUGCAUGGUAUGCUAAUGAAUCUCCAGCUCUUGGAAACAAGACAAUUGCAGAAGCUGUUGGAGAUUGGUAUUUUGAUAGAUCAGAGGUUAAGGUUGUUGAUGAAACUUGCCGCCAUCUGGCCCUCGAAUGAGAAUUGUUUGACCGAUUAUUUACAUGGUCAUUGUAUUGAGUUGUCUGCUUAAUGAAAUAACUUUGUAAUAAUUGAAAUCAAUAGAAUUCUACUACCAAGUUCAAGAACCAAAAACAAAUGAAUGAAUUGGAUAAAAGUCGGUAAAAGCGCUGGCAGAUAAUUGAACAAUA